AUGGUUGACUAUGCCAAAAAGACCGUCGCGGAGCUACAAGAGAUCUUGAAGUCUCGCAGCCUACCGCAUACUGGCAAGAAGGCAGACCUUAUUGCGCGACUGAACGAAGCUGACACGGCUACUGAGCAAGCUGAAGUGCUUCCUGUUGCAGAUGUACCUGCGCCCCAGGAACAGACUGUAUCUGCACCGGAGCCUGUCGCUGAGCCUGAAUUUCAAGCCGAAGCAGUCACAACCGAAACAGCUGCUGCAACGACACAAGCUGAUACAGCAGCAUCGCCCUCUGCAAAUACGGACACAGCCCUUGCUACAAGCGCCUCAUACGCUUUGAAUCUCCCCACAUCAGAGGUCGACGCUGAGAUGGCAAAGCGUAAGGCACGUGCUGAGCGGUUUGGUACUGAAAAUGCAGCAACCAAUGGCGUAGAUGAUGCAGACAGCGAGGCACAAAGGGCUCUUGAACGGGCAAAGCGAUUCGGGACAGGCCAAACAGCCAUGGGCAAGCUGGACGAGGCAUUACCGACCGAGAGGGGGCGUGGAUUGCGCAAACGAGGCCGCCCAGAUGAAGACUCGCCACUGGACGACGCAGGACUAAGGAGAGGAUUUGGAGGUCAUGGUAGAGGUCGAGGCGGCCGGUUUCGUGGACGAGGCCCCCGAGAUAAUUCACGGAGACGACAAGGCGACCGCCCUACUGGUGUGGUAAAGGCGUCCGCUGCUUUCACCUCAGACGCUGACCGACUCGCUGCAGAGGCCAGGAAGAAGAAGUUCGCUACGUAA